AAAACCACAAUUACAAAUCUAUCCCCCAAUGCUGACCUAUUUUUCUGGUUUGAGUUUCUCCUUCUUGGAGACUCAGUUACGACUCUCCGCCCUCUCUUCUGCAACAACAUUGAAUUUUCGCUUUAAUAUUUUUAUUUCUUUUAUUUUUUUCAAAAAAAGGAAAAACUAUUUCCGAAAAAUCCCAAUUAAGAAAAACCAAAAAUUUUCUGCAUAUUAAUUUAAGUAAUUUUCGUUUUGGAAUCAUUGUGGAUUUCUAGGGUUUUAUUUCAUGUACGGCGAAGCUUUAAUGUCUUACGAAUGGAGAUUGCCUAUAGCCUCUCCAUGGCUCUCCAAUCCCAUCAGCCGUUGAUCAUAGUCACAAUCAUCACACUCCUUUCCCUCCUUGCCGUCCGAUCAUUCUUCAAGAGGUCCCACAUAUCCAACGCCUCCGCUUCCUCCACGUCAGCCUGUAAAGAGGAAGCCAAAGAAGCCACACACUCGUCCUCCUGCAACGGAACUUCCGAUUCCGCGGCUUUCCUGAACGGCGAUACUUUUGGUCCAGCGGAGAAGGGUAUGAUGUCGGCUGAUGUUGCCAAGGUAGUGGCGGAGAGACAGAGCGGGGCUUCAAUGAUGGAGCAGUUGGUGCCGGAGAUUACAACACACGCGCUUAGUUACUUGGAUUAUCCGAGCCUUUGCCGGCUUUCUAUGACAAAUUCCCUGAUGAGAAAGGCCGCUAAUGAUGAUAAUGCUUGGAAAGCACUUUAUCACAAGGAUUUUACUUUGGAGCAAGAUAGCGUAACGCCAGUUAAUGGGUGGAAGGCAUACUAUGCAGCUACAAGAGCCAUAAUGAAUGUUAAUGCAGAAUUCUUUAACAUCAUCAGAGAUAGGUCUCUUCCUGCGAUGAGUCAUAUUUGGCUGAAUGCAGAUUAUAUAAAGUGUGUUCAUGCAUCAGGAGAACUUUUUUCAGGAUAUAAUGCUGUAAUACAAAGUUGGCAACUUGCAUUUAAUUGGGAGCAAGGGUUUGAUUUUCAGGUUCGGGAUGUUCGAGCCCGGGUACUGACAGACAUGGCCUGGGUUACAAUGAAAACCUAUGUUGACUUGGAUAAUGGGGCAUUUAACAUGACUAACGUCUAUGAGUUUCAUCAGGGACGGUGGUACCUUGUGCAUCAUCACAGCUCAGUGAUGCUUGCCGAUGGGGACAUGGAACAACAGAUUAUUCAUGGAUAACAGAAGAUGAAGAGUCAAUACAAGUGAUAAUUUUAGUACUAGCUUCAAAACAUAGUACUAGUAAUUUACUAGCAAAAGCAAGUUGCGUGAAAUUUCACUGGGAAUUUAUUUCAAUUAUCCUUCUUUUUGGGCUUUGCCACCUCAGUUUUGGGUAUUUUGUGGUAAAUAGGUGCUCGUUACGUUUGUCUUUUCAUCAUUUCUUUGCCUCCUAAUUAUCAUAAUUUUGGGUGUAUAUAUUUAUAUAUUUUUUCAACAAUUUCUUCACAUGGAUGUAUGCAUGUGAAUUGAAGAUGGAUUCACAGAAGUUGCAUGAUGUUCUGGAUCCAAAAUGUGGCUCAAGGGGUAAAACUAAAUCAUCAGUGGCUUUGAAUAAUGAUUAAAUUAUUUAAGGAAAAACUCCAAUGUUUUGCAGGUCUCAGAAAAUUUAAGGAAUAUAUGGGAUGAUCGUAAACCUGUCUUUUAUGGUAAUUAAUUUUGUUGUAGAGAAUGCGGAAGUAGAGAUUGUCAUGUGGCAUCAGCCUUCAUUCUUUUUUUAUUUAAUCUAUUUAAUUAUUCUUUGGUUUUUUUAAUUUUAUUUUUUAUUAGAUAAAUUUUGUAAUAAAAAAUGUUAAUGAAGGUAGGGAUGAUAAAAUACUUUGUAUUUUUAUUUAUAAUGAUCUAAAUUAGGUGCAUUUUCUAAAAAAAUCAA